CCUGACCCUUGUUCUAAAUCAUGUAAUCCAGUGGGAACCGCCUUUUUUCUCAAUUGUUGUCCUCCUCAGCACUGUAUACUUUAAGGCAUUUCAAAAAUAAAGUUAUAAUAUUUUGGAUUAUCACGAAUCCAUAUUUUCAGAGUUCAUUGGCUUUGCUUACCACAUCGAUUUCCCCCUCCAGAAACGGCGAAAUCAAAAUUCUUACUGAGUUUUGUUGGCCCGGAUAUGCUGUUUCGCGCACUUUUUGAAAAUGGUUGUCACUGUAUUUUACUGAAUGUGCCGAGAACGAAACCAAAGAUGAGUAAACAAAGGGCCUUCUGGGGUUACUUCAUAGGCAGAAGCGAGGCUGACAAAAUGGCGGUGGGCAGCGGGCUAGCCGCCCUUUUAGCCGUGCAAGCACAGCUGGACGAAGCGCUCGAGGAUGCUACGACGCCUCAAGAGAAGGAGAACCUGGUCUACCAGCACGCGCGAAAGUUGGAUACGUGGGAACGGGAUCUGAAAGUCCCGGAGUUUGAAAAAGAUCUAGAGUGGCUAAAUACUGAAGGUCCCCUUUCUUUGGAUGAAGACUUUUGUGGAAAAGUGAUUGUUUUGGAUUUCUUCACUUACUGCUGCAUCAACUGUAUCCAUGUGCUCCCUGAUCUCCAUGAAUUAGAACAGAAAUACUCUUCUAAAGAUGGUCUCCUUGUUGUUGGUGUGCACUCAGCAAAAUUUCCAAAUGAAAAGGUUCUGGAUAACAUCAAAAGUGCUGUUCUCAGAUACAACAUCACUCAUCCUGUGGUAAAUGAUGCAGAUGCAACUCUUUGGCAUGAGCUAGAUGUGUCCUGUUGGCCAACCCUGGUCAUCCUUGGCCCCCGUGGGAAUAUGCUGUUUGCUCUGGUUGGCGAAGGACACAAGGAGAAAUUAUUUCUAUUUACAUCCAUAGCCCUGAAGUACUACAGGGAGCAAGGACAGAUCAAAGCUAAUGUAAUCAGAACACAGCUUUAUAGAGAUUCUUUGCCACCUUCUCCUUUGUUGUUUCCUGGAAAAGUUACAGUGGAUGAGUCUGGGGACAGGCUGGUAAUAGCAGACACUGGACAUCACAGGAUUUUGGUGGUCAAGAGAAGUGGUCAAAUUUUGCAUGUUAUUGGAGGACCAAACAGUGGAAGAAAAGAUGGAAUAUUCUCAGAAGCAUCAUUCAGUUCACCACAGGGGGUGUCUAUAAAGAAUGAUAUUAUUUACGUAGCAGAUACAGAAAACCAUCUGAUUAGGAAGAUUGACCUUCAGUUAAAGAUGGUGAGCACUGUUGCAGGGGUGGGAAUACAAGGCAUGGAUAAGGAAGGAGGAGCUCAAGGGCAGGAACAGCCUAUUAGUUCACCGUGGGAUGUGGUCGUUGGAACCUCAGUUUCAGGAACCCAUGAAGGUGAUGUUCUGUGGAUUGCCAUGGCAGGUACACAUCAAAUAUGGGCACUCAUGUUGGAGAGUGGAAAGCUAUCCAAAGGAAGUGACUUGAAGAAAGGAACCUGCCUCCGCUUUGCUGGGAGUGGCAAUGAAGAGAACCGAAACAACGCUUACCCACAUAAAGCAGGUUUUGCCCAGCCUUCAGGUCUCUCCCUUGCUGCUGAGGAGCCUUGGAACUGUCUUUUUGUAGCAGACAGCGAGAGUAGUACUGUGCGAACCAUCUCGAUGAAAGAUGGAGCUGUGAAGCAUCUUGUAGGAGGAGAGAGAGACCCAAUGAAUUUAUUUGCCUUUGGUGAUGUUGAUGGAGCUGGAAUAAAUGCAAAGCUUCAGCAUCCCCUAGGAGUAGCCUGGGACAGGAGACGAAACCUCCUUUAUAUUGCAGACUCCUAUAAUCAUAAGAUUAAAUUUGUAGAUCCUAAAAUGAAGAAUUGUGCUACCCUGGCAGGGACAGGAGAAGCAGGCAAUGUCACUGGUUCCAAUCUCACUUCAACUUUUAAUGAACCUGGAGGCCUGUGUGUUGAAGACAAAGGGUGUUUGCUGUAUGUUGCAGACACAAACAAUCAUCAAAUUAAAGUGCUAGAUUUAGAAACGCAAAUCGUUUCCCUGGUAAGUCACCAUUAUAAAACUUUAUAUGGCUGUUUAUACUCAGAAUAAAUUAUUUGAGCUGUGUCUUCUUUCAUCAUCACUGUCUGAGUGGCAUGGAACAUAGCUGAUGUAUGUGUUCCUUGCAGUAAAUGCAUUCCUAUGAUGUUUUAUAAUGGUCUGGCAAACAGAACAGCGUUUGUGUUGAGGAUAUCCUGUUAAGCUUAAAAUAAAUGUUCCCUCUGUUUGAGAGGCUGGGAAGGAUACUAAGUGCAAUUACAACCAGCAGAGUUACUCAGAAACUUUAGAAUUUGCUUUGGAAACUUUAGAAUUUGUGCCCACUUGGUAUAUUUACUACAUGACCUUGAUCCCACCCCAUAGUAAGUCUGAGGUUAAGGAUUGUACUAAUUGUAGAAUUCAGAGAGA